UCCGCCGUCUGCUCUGGAGGUCGUCAGCUUCAUCGGCAAAACAUUUGGCGCAGGCGCGGCACUGACAGCUGCUGUCUACUUACUCCGCAAAGUGUGUUUAAUAAUGGCCUGGAAAUCUGGAGGAGCCAGCCACGCAGAGCUUGUUAACAACCUCCGCAAAAAUGGCAUUAUCAAGUCCGACAAGGUCUAUGAAGUCAUGCUGGCCACAGACCGAGCCCAUUUCUCUAGGUGUAAUCCGUACAUGGACUCUCCACAGUCAAUAGGCUAUCAAGCAACCAUCAGCGCCCCACACAUGCACGCCUAUGCCCUGGAGCUUCUACAUGACCAGCUGUAUGAGGGAGCCAAAGCCCUGGACGUCGGCUCCGGCAGUGGGAUCCUGUCGGCUUGCUUCGCACGAAUGGUCGGUCCGAAAGGGAAAGUUAUAGGAAUUGAUCACAUCAAAGAGCUGGUAGACGAAUCUAUAACCAAUGUGAAGAAAGAUGAUCCCAGUUUGAUAACAUCAGGCAGAGUCAAGCUAAUAGUGGGAGACGGGCGAAUGGGGCACAAUGAGGAAGCGCCUUAUGAUGCCAUCCAUGUUGGCGCAGCAGCACCUAAUGUCCCCCAAGCUCUUCUGGACCAGUUGAAGCCUGGCGGCCGACUGAUCCUGCCCGUCGGCCCAGCCGGAGGAAACCAGAUGCUUGAGCAGUAUGAUAAGAUGGAGGACGGCAGCACCAAAAUGAAGGCCUUGAUGGGGGUGAUUUAUGUGCCUUUAACAGACAAAGAGGCGCAGUGUUCCAGGUGGAAGUGACUUCCUUCUCCCCCUCCUCCCCCCUCUCUCCUUCUCACAGUGGCAAAGGGAUGAACUUUGAAGAGGAAGACAGUCCAUUAUCCACCUUUAAGUUUGAACCUGGAGAAGCUUGGAUGGGGUCAGACAGCCCAUGGCAUUCUGUUCAAAGCAUAACAAAACGUGCUCUGUGUUUUUUUUUUUUUUUUGGUUAAAGUCUAACGAUGGACUAGAGUAUCACAUUGAUGACAGCCCAGAGGGGCAGGGAAGAGAGACUGCUUCAAGCUCAGCACAGAAAUAUUGGAGAGGGUGGUUUCGUUUUUCUUUCCAGGCCUGCAUCUUUUUGGUUGUGUAUUUUAAACUGCUGGAUUUUAGUUUUUUUUGUGGUUUUACCAUAUGAAUCGCAAUCAGCCAUUUUUACAGUGUUACAUUUCAGCACCAUCAAAGCUGAAUGUAAGAGGAAUGCCGGACAAUGACGAGGAAAGCCUGACAGUUUUUAGAUUAUUCACCUAGCUACAGCGUGUGUGUGUGUGUGGAUCAUCUAACUGUAGACUUCUCUGCUAACAUGAGCUUUUUCCCCCCUGCCAGCAGUAUUAGGAACACACACACACACGCAGGCAACACACUGGCUGAUGUUACCCCCACAUCCCGUUCGAUGUGCAGCACUCUUACAUCAUUCUACACAUAGAAUAAGCAGCGCAUUGGAUCAUACUGAGCAUACUCCAAAGAGAGCCGAGCACUAAUAACACCGACACACGUGCACAUGCAGGGCUGUGCUUUUUACACCUGGUGAUGUGUUGCUUUCUGCCGCUGUUUUUUUUUUCCAUUAACAAUUCGCGCAGGCUCUUCUAGUGACUGAUGCUAAGUGAGAUAGUCACUGCUUUGCCAAAAUAAACUCCAACAAUAUAAAGCAAAUGAAUGUCUGUUUUCUUGAAAUCAAAAAGUACAUUUUAUUUUGGAGUGAUGGAAGAUACUUGGCUUUCACAGUUUCUGGAAUGGCACAUGAAAAUAAAGAGAUGCUUAUGUUUUUGUCUGCC